AUGACCAAGGCUGGCCUCCUUGCCAUCAGUCUCGGCCUUGGUGCCGAGAAGCUGGGACGUACCAUAUCCGAGAAAAGACUCGAGCGCAAGGAGAAGAAGGCUAUUGCUCAACAUGAAGCAAUUUAUGGCUCUUCAUCAUCGGCGCCACCGCCGCCAAUCACAACUCGAGAGCAGAAUAGCAGGACGGAAAAGAAACGAGAGGAGGCUCAGCGCGCACUGGAUGAAGCUCGUCAAGAGUCACCAAGUGCGCCACAGUACGAGAGGAGACGUCGAAGUAUGGAGACAGAGAGGGUCAGUAGUGAGGAACCGCCGCCAAGUUACGAUGAUGCAGUACGUCACGAUGGAAAGCGUUCUUGA